AUGGGCAGUGGCUGUGAAGAUGAAAACUGUGGCCUCGCAUCUGGAUUCCUGGAGGACUGCUCAACCCAAGAGUGCCAGUCGGAGGAACCUAUGUUUGGAUUAAUUGAGUUAGUGUGUGUGACUGUCAUUUACAUUCCACUGAUGCUCUUCGGCCUUCUGGGAAAUAUACUAACAAUUCUGGUGGUUUGGCUCCGACCUCACAUGAGAAGCUCAACCUACCUCUACCUGAGCAGCAUGGCUGUCAGCGAUCUGUUGAUACUCCUACUGCUGCCUCUGGAUCUGUAUAAGCUGUGGAGGCCCAGACCCUGGCCCUUAGGAGACCUUGCCUGUAAGCUGACAAUGUUCCUCUCAGAGUGCUGCACCUUCUGCACCAUCCUCCAUAUUACCUUCCUCUCCCUUGAGAGGUACCUGGCCGUCUGCUGGCCAAUCACAGCCAAGACCCUGGUGACAAGGCGCAGAACGAGGGCUCUCAUUGGCUGCCUCUGGCUGGGCGCGGCCGUCAGCGCAGCACCAGUGUUGCUCAUGGUCGGAGUGGAGGACGUUGGGGGAGAGGAGCUGGGGAUUGGCGGAUGGAGGGAGGACAGAGGGUGGACAACCGGGGAAGGAGAACAGGGAAGACUGGUGACAGGUGGGGGGGGGAAAGGAAGUGGACACAUGGCCUCAAUGGAUAGAGGGUUAGAAGGCAUAAAGUUGGGAGAAAAAGAGAAAAUGAGGUGGGAUGAAAGGGUUGGGGAUAUAAAAUGGUUUGGUGAGAAAGGAGAGAGAGAAGUAGGAAUGGAAGAAGGAGAUGAGUGGAAACAAGGAGAUGGAGGAAAAAUGAAACAAGCAGAUGAGGGAGGAGGUGAAGAGGAAGGAGGGAUGGAAGUUGGGGGAGAGCGGCAAAAUAAAAUGAAAGAAGAUAAGGGAGGAGGAAGGGAGAAAGGCAUUGAUGGAGGAGCGAUUGACAAGAGAGAGUGCCGCUGCACACACUACGCCGUCUCCUCCGGCCUGCUGUCAGCCAUGAUGAUACUCUCCAACUUGUACUUCCUGGUACCCCUCUGCAUCCUGGGACUGGUCUACAGCCUGAUUGGACGGACACUGUGUCUCCGUCCACAAAGCAGCCGCAGAGACCAGAGUCACCGACACACUGUCAAAAUGCUUGGAGUGAUUGUCUUGGCUUUUAUUCUGUGCUGGCUGCCCUUCCAUGUGGGUCGGACUAUUUUCUCUCUUUCUCUGGGCUCCAGUUCUGACAUUUUAUACUAUCUGUCUCAGUAUUUCAACCUGGUGUCCUCUGUCCUCUUUUACCUCAGCGCUGCCAUCAAUCCUUUACUGUACAACCUGAUGUCUGCCAGAUAUAGACAUGCUGUACACAGCCUCAUGCACACACAUUCUCACACACAGUCUUUCCGCAUGCGCACACUCACGACACGGCCCUCCACAACCACUUUGCGUAGGGAGGCGACCCUCUCAUCCACCAGUGUAAACUCCCCCGCAGCGGCGCUCAGCCGGGCUCUUGUGAGUAUCCCCACACCAGCCCGGCACCUCACACCCUGGGCAACUCCAGAGUCCAACCCCUAUCCAAGCGUAGGGUUCCAGAACCGAGAGGUUCUGGAACCCUACUAUAUCCUUCUGUGCAUAGAGGUAAUCCCCACCAGAUCUAACUGGUAG